AUGAUUUGGAUCAAAACAAAAACAAAAAUUACUAUGAAUUACAAGGAAAAGUCACAAAAUAUUCCAAUCGAUUACAAGGAAUCAAAUAUGUCUGUUGAAAUAGAGAAUGAAUUAUCAAGAUUGCAAGAUGCACAGAGUGGAUUACUAGCUCAAUUGAAUAAAUUUGAUGGGUUAGAUGAUGAUGAAAUUAGAAUCUCUAUAUUAAAUUUGAUUAAUACUUUCAAUGAUGGAUUAAUUUUUUUAGAACAAGAAUUAAAAUUUGAAUAUGAAUUGGAAUAUAAUAAACCAAUAAGGAAAAACGAUAAAAAAUUAUUAGAUUAUGUUAUAAAUUAUGAUAAACUCAAAGAUUUCUUAAUCAAUUUUAAAAAAAAAUUUGUUAAUAAGCAAAAUGAAUUGCAAAAUUUAGAAUUUCAAAGAUUUAAACAAUUAAAAUUUGAAAAAUAUGGUUAUAAAUCAAUUGAUGACUUAGAAGAAGAGGAUAGUAUACAUACUGAAGCACCUGGUACAACUACAAAUAAUAAAAUUUUAUCAACAACCAAGAAAAUCACAUCAAAAUUAUCUCAAUCAAGUUCAAUAUUACAAUCUUCAUUAAUUCAAUCCCAAUUAAAUAUGGAUGAAUUGAGUAUUCAAAAUGAUUCAUUAACUUAUUUAUCUGAUAGAUAUGGAUUUCUUAAAGGUGUUUUAGAAAAAUCUGAUGGUUUUAUAAAUGAUAUAAAAUUAAGUACAGAAAGAGAUAAGAAAUUUAUGUAUUAUGCAUUAAUUUUCUUUGGAUUAUGUGUUUUGAAAGUUUUUUGGAGUAGAUUAUUGAAAUUACCAGUGAAAUUUGUAUUCAAUAUAAUUUUUUAUACUUUAAAAUUAGCAUUAGGUACCUUGGGUUUAGUUUCAUCAAAGAAAGUUAAAAUUGAUCCUAUAACAAAUGAAUUGACGGAAUCAGUAUAUCAUACAGCCACAACAGAUCCAAUAUAUGGCUCUUUUAUACCAGAAAGUCAAUCAAUUUCAUCGGAAUCCUUAGAUGUUGAGACAAAUGUUGAAACAAAAGAAUCUAAAGAUCCUUAUGAUGAAGAACUUUCCAGGAUUAUUGAUGAGUUAUGA